GUCAGAAAAGUUCAACAUGGAAAGAAAUGGAGGCUGUGAACAGAAAUAUACCUAAAUGCUUUUAUUUGAAAUUGUACAUAGAGAAAAAAUAACCGCAUACUUCCUAAAAACUUAUUUCAUUUAAAGGCAGGAAUAGUUCCGAUUAAACAAGAUUAAUAUGUAAAAUGAAUAUGAUUUGACAGGCGUUAGCAAUUCUCCCAUUUCUUUUCUGUUCGCACAUCUAAAGUCUGCCGCAUGAAGCAUUCAUAAUUCAUUUCGAAAGAACUGUCGUAAAUCUUUGUAAAAUCACGAUGCACCCUUUUUAAACACAAGCAUGCGUGGUUACAGUGUAUGUUGUUUACAUUGCAGAGAACAUGCGACUGAUUUAGUUGAACCUGCAGUCAAAUCUGUAUUUAAUUUAGGACACAUCGGAAGAUUCGUCGGCUCUCUUUUUUGAUAACAUGUUAAAACAUAGCCUGAAUUACAUUAUCUAUUUGACAUGGAGAAGGCCUAUAUUAAGCUAAAGGUAAAGCUAUCGCUGAAAAACUUCGGACAGCUGAAAUCUGGAAUCAUGGAAACAAAUGGAAAAUUACAGUUUGUCUCCAUGCCAGAUAUACCAAAUUCAUCCAAGCGCGUCAUAUUGGAAUAUGUGUUUGCCAACCAUACUAAUUAUCAAUUUUGGAGUAGGGUGAAAGUUGUGGAUAGAGAACCAAAGACUGUGAACGAUUGUCCUGCUUGGGAUAGCUAUAUGUGGAACAGUGUCUACCAGAAGGACUCCGAGUUUAUACCAAUGCUUACGAAACCAGUAGCGAUGUUCGAGAAUCCGUUCCUGAAAAGUCCUCAUAAACUUGUUUUAUGUGAUAUGUGGAAGACAAAUGAUGAACCAGCUGGAAUAAAUACCAGAGUGCAAUGCUUGGAGACUAUGGAAAGGUUAAAAAAUGACCCCAAAACAGGAUUCCGUCCCAAGGUCCCCCAUGACCCGUGGUUUGGAAUUGAGCAGGAGUACAUAGUGACCCGCAGUGAUAACUUCCCAGCCAGCUAUGAACCCAAGGACAAUGACUAUUCUACUCUCAUUCUCUACUGUAGUAUGGGACAUGUACACGACAGAAAUGUGGCCCUAGAGAGAGACUUGUCCAUGAAGCACCUGCAAGCCUGUAUAUACGCCGGGGUUAAUGCCUGUGGCUGCAUACGGGAAAAUGGACCUUCACAGUGGGAGUAUCAGGUUGGGUCGUGUCCUGGGGUAGAAAUCGGAGACCACCUACAGAUGUCCCGCUACAUCCUACUGAGACUAGGGGAGCAGUACGGACUAAGAGUGACUCUAAAAUCAGUUCCAGUACGCGGAGAGGCCUUCUUUUCCGGUGGACAUUUGAACUUCAGUGUCAGAAAGAUGAGAGAAGAAGGAGGAAUUAAAUUUAUUCACCAUGCAAUCAACUUGCUGGCUAAAUCAGACCCUAUUCCUCUCCUCAAAAUAUACGACCAAACCUUAGAUCAAGGCAAUACAGAAAGGUUGACCAAUACAAGUGGACACUGGCACCCGAAACAGGACGAGUUCGUGUUCGCGGGAGACAGAAAAGAUUUCACAACCGUAAGGAUACCACCUCUCGUAGAGGCGGAGGGGCGGGGUUACCUUGAGGAUCGAAGACCCCCUUCCUCCGUGGAUCCCUAUGCCGCGGCAGCCGGACUGGUUAGAGCGUGUAUAUUUGGCGAUUUUCUGCGACCUGGGAACGAACAGUUGAAGGACUUGUCUGUAUGGGACAAAGACCCAUCAGAAUUGUAAUGGAUCGUUCUAUUUUUUUUUACUGUUAAUAUGUCAAUCAUUUUUCAGAUUAAUUCAUAAAUAAAAUGCAUAAUCAUAAUUUC